CGUGCAAGGGCUUGCUCUUGUUUCCUGCUCGCUUAGCACGAUAAUAAUAGCAGUCUGAGGGCAAUAGCUGCGGUGUUAAGCAGCUAACGAUUAAUGCAAGUCAUAAUAUCUCGAUUAUAAUGAUAUUAAUCGCAGCGUUUAUUAUCUUUGUUUUCUUCCCGCCGGCCAGGGUUAGGAUUAUGUAAGUGAACAUUAUGUAAUGGUUUAUUAAGUCAAUUGCUUAUGUAAUUAAUUCUUUCUCUCGUAGCUUCUUUCUCUUCAGGCCGUUAGAUGUUAGAGAUAUUAGAUAUCAUUCUUCUUCUCUCUCUUACGGCUUUGUCGGCCUUCUGUACGGAGUGCGAUAGUUGUCUCUCUUGCCUCCAUUGAUGCAUCCCGGCUUUCUCUCGCUUUCUGCGUCAUAGGUGCCUCUUCCUUCGUUGAUAAUCUCGAUACCAAGUUUCGUCCAUAAAGACAACACGAAAAAACGAAGAUUCAGACGAACAAACAAGUAAAGAGAUAGCAGAUAAAGAUAAGAUGGAACAAUCAGUCGCUGAAGAACAGACACCAGCUGUCUCGUUCAAGAAACGGUCCGCCAAAGCCAAGUCCAGCCUGCGGAAAAAGGCAACCACUCCUCCGCCAGCAUCCGACUCAGAAGACUUCACAUCCAGCGACGACGAGCAGGGCCACAGGAUAAAGCGCAGGCGGAAGAAUGCGGGGGUCAGCGCCUCAUCUAGGACAGCAGCAGCUUCUGCGGGCCGAGAGCUAGACAGCGAAAAGCCAGAGACGACCGAGCGGCCGGCUCUCCCUACCACCAACGAUGCCACAAAGCAGUCUAACUGGUACGAUGAGGAACUAGACGAGAAGAAUCUGCUAGGAAACACACGGCCACGACUGGGGGACACAGGCCAGGCCGCGGUAGACGGCAAAUACCGGGGGACGUCAAACUAUCGGAGCUUCAUCCAGAAGAACCCCAAUGCGCCCACCAAGCAGGUUGGGCCCAUGAAAGCGGCCACCAACAUACGCACCAUCACGGUCACCGAUUACGCUCCAGACGUUUGCAAGGACUAUAAACGGACAGGAUUCUGUGGCUUUGGUGAUUCAUGCAAGUACCUCCACGCUCGUGAGGAUUACAAGGCAGGAUGGGAACUAGACCGAGAUUGGGAUGUACAAACGGAAGGCAAAAAGCUAGAUGGUCAGACUGUGGCCUCUCGUCGAGGCGGAGAGGACGAGGCUGGCGAGGAUGAAGAAGAUGAGGAAGAGGAGGGCAUCCCGCCCGAUUGCGCUAUAUGCCAUAAGCCGUACACGAGCCCGAUAGUAACAAAAUGUGGGCACCAUUUCUGCGAGCUAUGCGCGCUAAAGAGAUACCGGAAGAAUCCAGACUGCGCCAUAUGUGGUUCCCCGACCGGAGGGCUGUUUCGUGCCGCAAAGAAGCCGGGCAUACGUGGCCAAAAGGUGGAAAGCUAAGCAGUUUGACGCUAAUGAGUUGACAUAUGAUACCCAUGUGCAAUAUUCAUUUGCCUCAUUGCCCAACUCAAGAGUAAUCUGUACAUCUAAUCAUUGACAUCAUACGCUGGGAACUGCUGUCUAUAUAUAAAGGCCCGUUUCUUUCCCUGUUCAUCAUUUUCCAUUCUUUUCUCUCCCUUUUCCUUGUAUAGAAUGAAUAUUUCAACGCUCCUUCGUUAAACAGCCAACCAAUGAUGUGCUCGGAUAUUGUGGACACAACGCGUCUGAAGUGGCUGCUCCAACCAAUAAGCUUCGCAUAUUUUGUCGACAAGCGAGCAACAGACGCGGCUUUCGACAUCAACACUCAGGUCAAACACGACUCAACACCCAAUGGGCUAUAGACAAGAAGAAAAUGCAGUCAUAAACCAAGACUGCACUCCUUAUUUGCGUCUUAUGGUCAUAGCCAUAGUUAAUACGUCUUGGCCUACGUUCACUUCAACUAAGUACUAGAUGUUUCCAUGAGGAACGUACCAAGACUCUUCGAGCAUAUUGUCUGCUGAAUGCGACGGUGGCAGUGGCCAUCUUCCAGGACAAGAUACCCCCAGAAUUCUAUGUGAUGCGCAAUCAAUCACGUACAACGCCCCCGAAAUUGCGCAACUACCUUUGCAUGAUGACAUGUCUGUCGAGGAGAUACACUCACAAUGACCAUACCAUGGGCAAAGGAAUGCUUAAAGUGGCAGAAACAUGGAUGAAGAAGGGCCAGCGCGUCAUGUAGAUGAGUUUGGGACGAAGAUGCGGCAUUCAAAACUCACAAAAGCUGCCGAUUUUCGUGGUUUCCGCCACAGCGUCCCGAUGUUUAGACACAGUUAAUGACAAGCCAGAAAAGAUAGUUAAGGAAUGAUGAAGGAAUCCUCGUUGUACGCAGUAGAUUGCUGCCCCAUGUCUAUCGAUUCAUGGACUCCAUAAUUCUCUCCGUUUACCCAGGUAUCAUCCAGCCUAUAUAGGGCCAAAGAAGAAUCAGAAGGAACAGAAUGUCAAAUGAAAGGUGCCAUCCCACGAGCCUGGUUCUUUGGUCGUUAUUGCCCGACGCAAUCGCUAUGAUGCCGUCAGAAGGAGCGAUGAGUCACGUCCGUUCCAUGUUAACUGGAUGACCGCCACUACAUCGCUCCUACCUGGCUGAAAAUAUCAUGGCUCAGACCGUUAGCCGGGGUUUUGCCAGAGGAAGAGAGGAAGGAGCCCCAAAGAGCAGUAGCGGCGGCAAAUUACCAGUGAAUAGAGGGUGCCACCGCGUCAUGUCCACUUGCCUAUGAUGCUCAGUGAGUCAUAAGUGGCAUCUACUAUGACGGCGCAUGGCAAACUGGCUCCCGAGGGGCGUGCGUGAUCUCCGAGAGGAUCUGUCUACUUAAACCUCGUCCUUCUCCUUCUCCCUCCUUCCUCUCUUC